CACAGUCCUGAACUCUCUUACAGAUGAGCUUAUCUGUGACUUUGACACGAGCAGAUCAAGAAAAUAAAGGCAUCGCUUCAACGGUUUGGGAUCCUCGGAUUGUGAGAUAUUAUGGGGCGCGGAGGCUGCAGUGUGUGGGCUCAAACAUCUGUUCUUCUGUGUUUCUGUCCUGUCCUUAUUGCAGUGUUGCAGGCGCAGAGUUUCACCCUCAUAAAGACCAACCUCUGUAAGUGGUGUGACCACUCAAGUCCUGUAUGUGAAGACAACGUCUGCAUGAGCAACUGCAGUCUGACCUCUUACUGUACUCUGGCUGAAGAAGUGUGCGUAGCGAUAUGGAAGAAGGACAAUGCGAGCGUGAGUGUGCGGACACUGUGUUAUAACCCUCAGGAUAUGCUGGAGAACAUAAUGCUGGCAAACUACUCCUCCAAAGAGUGUUUGAUGACACCUCAGCACUCUGAAGAUGGCCUGCUCUUCAUCUGCGGCUGUAUCGGAGAUCAUGAGUGCAACGACAGACUCAUCUUCGACAAAGGAGUCAAUGGAUUCUCAAAGCUGAAGUCUAAAGACGUCAUUCCAGUAGUAGUCAUAAGCCUGGUUCCACCCCUCCUGGUAGCUGUCAUUGCUACCAUGGCUUUUUACCUGUACCGCACACGUCAGCCUGGCAAGAAACCGAAAGACUGGGGGCCACGACGCACCCACUACCAGUCUCUAGAUCCAGCCGAGGGCCAAGUAAAUGGUAGCAAUUACCGCGGCAAGCUGCCGUCCCUCAGUGAUGGCGUCAAUUCAGAAAUCUCUUCGACUUGUGCAAAUAACCUAAACCACAACACAGAGCAGCUGCCCAUCCAGCUGGAGACGCUGGUGGGUAAAGGGCGCUUCGCAGAGGUAUGGCGGGCACGGCUCAGUCACAAUGAGGGUGGGCAGUAUGAAACGGUGGCUGUGAAGAUCUUCCCGGCGGUGGAGUAUUCCUCAUGGUGUAACGAAAGGGCCAUAUUCUCUGACGCCAACUUAAAACAUGAGAAUAUAGUGCAGUUCCUGACUGCUGAGGAGCGAGGCGGUACUGCUGCCGCCCCCCAGAGGCAAUACUGGCUCAUCAUGGCUUAUUAUAACAUGGGCAACCUUCAGGACUUUCUGACUGGUCAUAUCCUCACAUGGACUGAGCUGUGUUCACUGGCAGGCUCUGUGGCGAGAGGCCUGGCGCACCUGCACAGUGACACAACACCCUGCGGCACACCAAAAGUGCCCAUCGCCCACAGAGAUCUGAAGAGCAGCAACAUUGUAUUGAAGAACCACAGCGAGUGUGCGCUCUGUGAUUUCGGACUGGCUCUACGACUCGACCUCUCGCUCACCGUAGAUGACUUUGCCAACAGUGGACAGGUAGGGACAGCACGCUACAUGGCCCCUGAAGUUCUGGAGUCCAGGGUAAAUCUAGAGGACUUAGAGUCCUUUAAACAGAUUGAUAUCUACUCCAUGGCCCUGGUGCUGUGGGAAAUGGUCUCUAGGUGUGACGUCAUAGGAGAGGUAAAGAGUUAUGAACCCCCAUUUAGCUCAAAGGUGUGUGAACAACCUUGUAUAGACAGCAUGAGAGAUCUGGUGUUAAGAGACAGAGGACGACCAGAUAUUCCAGCGAGCUGGACAGCACAUCCAGGCAUGCAGCUCGUGUGUGCGACUAUAACAGAGUGCUGGGAUCACGACCCAGAGGCUCGUCUGACAGCACACUGCGUGGUGGAACGCUUCAAUACUCUGGCACAGGAAGAGCUGGAGAACUCCAUCUGCACCCACACACCCAUAUUGCCAUCUACAGAGGACCAAAGCCCAUCCCUUCCCUCCCUUCCUCCCUGCACGGACCACAGCACUGGCAUCCAUCCGCAUUUUACAUCUGACACGCAGAUCUCUGUUUCCUCCAGGCAACCGAGUCAAAUGUGACCUGCCUGGAAAAAUCAGAGGACUUCUUGUAAUCCAUAUUGAUUCAUUAUGUGGAGCUGGUCUCCGUUUUUCUUUAAACGCUAAUCUAAACCAACGGACAAAAGAGGGUUUCUGUUCUAACAUAUCCUCGUUUACUUGUAUAAUGUUGUAAAGGAUGUUGUCAAGGAUGAAAAGGCUGCUUUGUGCCAUAAAGAAAAAAAAGAAAGAAAAAAAACAAAAAGCUAAUGCAGGUGGAGAGAAGUUAAGGGUACGUGGCAGAAAGCUGCAGAGAGCACCAUUAUUACUAAAAUGUUUUCCCAAAAAUGUUUACCACACAAUUUUCUGAUUUACAAUUUUCCAUUGCCCUUUCUGACUCACUCACUCAUGAAAUCCACGUGAUCUUCCCAUAAACUCAUUUUGGGGGGACUUCAAUUUGAUUAACCACAGAACUGCAGACUAUACACCAGCAAUACAACUGCUGUUUUUAGACAUAAAAAAGACCAGUUUCAUUUCAUUACUCACACACAGGGUUGUAAUUCCUUUUAACUAAUUUUAUAAUAACUUCAAAAUGUGAUUUGUGCCUGGCAUUCCUUUUGCUCCGGAUGAGUUGCUUUGCACUGACCCUUUUUUAACCACUGACCGGAUUACUUUAAUUAAAUGACAACUACAUGAAGGCUUUUUAUCUGGGAUUAUCAAUGUCCUGCUUCAGAAGUUCCUGUUCUAUCUAGACUUAUUGAUUAUAAUCAAUUAGCUUAUCCUAAUUAAAAGGAAAAAAAAAGCAACUUUUAAAAGAUUCCUUAGACUCACUUCUGACGGUAAACAGGAUUCAAUAAGCUAAAGAUCUGUUACGUCAGUGAGCUUGGGUCUCAGACAAAUAGAAAAGCAUGACACUGACUUGUCUAAUUUCUAAAGAGCCUGCAUUUAUGCUCCAUUUUUUAAGCAAUCUGAGGUUCACCCGAAUUCUACAGAGCUACUUUGAGGGACAGGGAAAAUUCAUACCAGAUUGCACACUGGAAAAAGAACUGAUGGAGAUAAAUACUUUCUGUGCAAAUGUCAACAUGAACAUAUGGCAACCUGUUAUGCUUUUUCCAUUACUGGAGAUGAAGCAAACAAAAGUGUAAUUUUGCUCAUUCCUAGUGUGAACUGGCUUCACAGCUA